AUGGCUGAAACUCUUGCAAAUGAACUCCUCAAAGUCCUUGUUAAGAAACUGACCGAUGAAGCCUUCAAGCGAAUUGCUCGUGCUCAGGGUAUUCACAACGAGCUGAAGGAGUUGAAGAAGACACUCUCCAGGAUCCAAGAUCUGCUUAACGAUGCCUCUCAGAAGGAGGUUACCUAUAAAUCUGUCAAAGAAUGGCUGAAUGCUCUCCAACACUUGGCUUACGAUAUUGACGACGUACUCGACGACGUGGCGACUGAAGCUAUGCGUCGUGAGCUCACCCUGCAGGAGCCUGCAGCAUCCACCAGCAUGGUAAGAAAGCUCAUACCAACUUGCUGCACAAAUUUCUCACUAACUCAUAGGCUGUCUCCCAAGUCCGCCACUGAUGAGAAGCCAAGAAAUACUAGUAGAAGAAGCGAAACCUCUUUGCCAGAUGGAUCUAGUGUUAUUGGAAGAGAAGUUGAAAAAAAGAAAUUGUUGAACAAGUUGUUAGGGGAUGAUGGGUCAUCUAAGGAAAAUUUUAGCAUUGUACCCAUAGUUGGCAUGGGUGGGGUAGGAAAAACCACUCUAGCUAGACUUUUGUAUAAUGAUACUAAGGUGCAGACACACUUUGAACCCAAGAUAUGGGUUUGUGUUUCUGAUGAUUUUGAUGUAUUUAAGAUAAGUGAUAUCAUCCUUCAAUCUAUGACUAAAGAAAGCAAGGAAUAUAAAGAUUUAGAUCAGCUUCAAAUGGCUCUCACAGAGAAAUCUAAGGACAAACGAUUUCUACUAGUACUUGAUGAUGUGUGGCAUGAAGAUGAUGACGAUUGGGAAAAGCUAGUGCUCCCAUUUCGUUCAUGUGCCCCUGGAAGUAGGAUAAUCAUGACAACUCGUAAAGAAGAAUUACUAAAAAAGCUACGUAUUGGUCACCUAGAUUCUCUUAAGAGUUUGUCACAUGAAGAUGCUCUAUCUUUGUUAGCUCUACAUGCUUUAGGCGUAGAGAACUUCAAUUCACACACAACACUUAAACCACAUGGUGAAGGCAUUGUGAAAAAGUGUGCUGGUUUGCCUUUGGCUUUGAAGGCAAUUGGAAGGCUAUUGGGGACGAGAACAAAUGUAGAAGACUGGGAAGACGUGUUGAACAGUGAGAUAUGGAAUUUAGAAAAUAGUGAUAAGAUUGUUCCAGCUCUUAGGCUUAGCUACCACGAUCUUUCUGCAGAUUUGAAGCAGCUGUUUGCAUACUGCUCCUUGUUCCCAAAGGACUAUUUGUUUGACAAGGAAGAGUUGGUAUUAUUGUGGAUGGCGGAAGGGUUUUUGAGCCCAUCAAAUGCAACCAAGUCACCGGAACGCUUGGGCCAUGGCUAUUUUGAAAUAUUGUUAUCAAGGUCAUUUUUCCAACAUGCACCUAAUGAUGAAUCACUGUUUAUCAUGCAUGAUCUGAUGAAUGACUUGGCCAUGCUUGUUGCCGGAGAACUUUUUUUAAGGUUUGAUAACCAUAUGAAGAUAGGCACCGAACAUUUGGCAAAGUAUCGCCAUAUGUCAUUUUCUCGCGAGAAGUAUGUAGGUUACCAUAAGUUUGAGGCAUUCAAAGGUGCCAAAAGCUUGAGAACACUUUUAGCGGUAUCUAUUGAUGUGGAUCAUAGUUGGAACUACUUUUUCUUAUCUAAUAAGAUUCUGGUUGACUUACUUCCUAGCUUAACAUUAUUAAGGGUUCUUUCUUUGAGUCAUUUUCAAAUAACUGAGGUACCAGAGUUCAUCGAUAGUUUGAAGCACUUGCGGUAUCUUAAUUUAGCUAAAACUAAUAUAAAAGAGUUACCGAAGAAUGUUAGCAAUCUUUAUAAUUUACAGACAUUGAUUGUUUUUGGUUGUGAAAAUUUGACCAAGUUGCCUGAAAGCUUCUCGAAGCUUAAAAAGUUGCGACAUUUUGAUAUAAGGGAUACUCCGCUUUUGGAGAAGCUGCCAUUUGGGAUUGGUGAGUUGGAAAGCCUACAGACUCUCACCAAGAUCAUCAUUGAAGGAGAUGAUGGUUUUGCAAUAAAUGAGCUCAAGGGAUUAACAAAUCUCCGUGGAGAAGUUUCCAUUGAGGGAUUACACAAAGUGCAAAGCACAAAGCAUGCACGGGAGGCGAAUUUAUGUCUAAAAAAGAUUACUGGAUUAAAGCUGCAAUGGGUUGAUGUGUUUGAUGGCUCACGAAUGGAUACACUUGAAGAGGAAGUUCUCAAUGAGCUGAAACCUAAUAGUGAUACGUUGAAAACACUUUCACUGGUGUCAUACGGGGGAACACAAUUUUCAAAUUGGGUUGGUGAUCGCUCUUUUCAUGAGUUGGUUAUUGUGUCAAUACGUGGUUGUAGAAAAUGCACAUCUCUACCCCCAUUUGGGUUGCUCCCUUCACUUAAGAGGUUGCAGAUUCAAGGCAUGGAUGAGGUUAAAAUCAUAGGUCUGGAGUUAACCGGAAAUGAUGUUAACGCCUUCCGUUCACUUGAAGUUCUAACAUUUGAAGAUAUGUCUGGAUGGGAGAGGUGGUCAACUAAAACUGAGGGUUCAUCAGCAGUGUUUACACGCCUUAAAGAGCUUUACGUAAAGAAUUGUCCACAAUUGAUUCAUGUCUCACUUCAAGCACUGCCUUCACUGAAGGUUCUUGAAAUUGAGAGAUGUGGUGAUGGUGUGUUGAGAAGUCUGGUUCAGGUAGCUUCAUCAGUCACUAAAUUGACAAUAAGUUGUGUAACAGGGCUUACAUAUGAGGUGUGGAGAGGAGUUAUGAGGUAUCUUAAGGAAGUUGAAGAAUUAAGUAUCGAGGUAUGUAAUGAAAUAAAAUACUUAUGGGAAUCAGAAACAGAGGCAAGCAAGCUUCUUGAGAGAUUAGAAGAGAAAGAGGAGGAUGACAAUUUUGGGUGAAGAAAGCCUCAAAAUGAUGCAGUAUCUUCAUGCAGAUUUCAACGGAACUAUCAAGACCAUCAUGCAGUUCCAGUGGUAUAAAUUAAUAAUUAUUAAUAAUUAGCGUCUCAACAAAAGAAGUACUAUUUCAAUGAUAGCCAAAUUUUUUAACUAAAUCAAUUUCAAGGGUGUUAGUUUUUAAAAAUACACUUUGGGUAACUUUACAUCCUCUAAAGUUGAUUUAUAAAAAAAGUGAAGUACUACAAAUGUGGAAACUUUUCAUAUGCUCUUGUUUACUAGACUGAAAUGUUUAGGUGGAAACAAUACUAUCAGAUGCCGGUUUAUAUGCUUUGAUGUUGUCUGUUGGUUAUGAGGUGAAGAAAGGGGAUAGUGUACCUUAUCAGCCAUAUGGAAUAGUAAGGGCCAAGUUUGAUAAGUUUGAAUCAGAAAGAUGGUUUCAUCCCAUAUUGUUGCUUUCAUCCAGAAAGCUCCUUUAAGUUUACAGCUUUGCGGGUUAGUAAAACACAACCCAUAUCGAUCAUUUCUUUUUCAUUCAGAUCAUGUAAUUAAACCCUUGAUAUGUAAAAUUUUAUGUGGUCCGGUUUAACAGUGAACCUUCAAGUUCUGUCAUAUGACCAAAGCAAAAGUAUCUAGAUUAUCAUAAAAUGUAUAUUGUUUGUUUACGAUUUUGACAUGAUUUACUGUUUUGAUGCAGAAACACAAGCGGGACAAAAUUUAUUUGGCUCAAGAAUCUGCGUAUGUGCAGAUGAUCUUUUCUUCUAUUUAGUUAAGUUGUAUCAUUUUCAAGGUGAAUGAAAACAAAAGUGCAAAGUACAGAUUGAUGCUUAAUCUUCACAUUGAUGGUGAUACAGAGUUGAUCAAUGAUCUAGCAUACUCGUAUUUGGUGCGACUAGACACACGGAAGUGGACUGGAAAAAGGUUCAAGCUAAAAAGGGCAUAACUUUCAUUACGUUUGAAGUUAUACGGGGAUAAGUAAUGGACACAAAUGCCUAAAUGAGCCACAUGAAUGGAUAAAUGCUAUAGGCGGGUUUUUUUAUUCCGACUCUCGGCACCCAAUUUCGACAUCUAGAUCUCCAAUUUUGAACUCAAGGGUGUUAAUUUCAAGGAACCCUUGGAGCGGUUACAAGUUGCGUCUGAUGGCACUUGUCGUUCAUGGUCUAAGUUACAUACCUCUUAUUGGAACUUAUAACCGAUGAAGAAUUAAUGGAAUUUUGCCUCUAAUGGCAAGUUACCACGAAUGAGGAUUAUGGAACUAGCCUAUGAUGUCAAGUUACCAUCUGAUGAAGAUUAAAGGAACUUACCACUGAAACAAGUUACCUCUAGUGAAGAUCGAUGAAGUCUCGCUAAUGAAGAAGAGAUGCCACGUGUUAGCCUAUCAUUUGAUGAAGACAAUCGGUUGAGAGGAUGUUAUACGUAAUUGUCACUUGUCAGUUUCGUACAUCUCAACAAGAUAAUAAAAACAUGAGUCCGCAUUGAAUUUAUCAUCACUUGACCCCAUAGCUUAUUGUGUCAAGUAGUUGAGAGUGAAUUCGGUGCAUGAACUUAUGUGUGCAAACUUCAGAGGAAAUUUGCAAGUCACAGAACCUUUCAAUUGUGAUUUGUGACUAGCUUUACAUUAUGUAUUGAAACAUUCGAUUUUAAUUACACGAGUUCAAAGGGUUAUGCA